CCGGAUGUGUUGCGGAGUGAUGACGUGUUUCCGCUCAGUGUGCGGCGUUGGACGCGUUUAUUGAUCGGUGAUAAAUGUGAACAUUUCAGAUCGAUUCAAGUGAUUGAGGUGAAACAAAGUCUGCAGACAUGGGGCGACGUUCCACCUCCUCCACCAAGAGUGGGAAAUUUAUGAACCCCACCGAUCAGGCCAGGAAGGAGGCGCGCAAGAGAGAGCUGAAGAAGAAUAAGAAGCAGAGGAUGAUGGUUCGAGCAGCGGUGCUGAAGAUGAAGGAUCCACGUCAGAUCAUCAGAGACAUGGAGAAACUUGAUGAGAUAGAGUUCAACCCGGUGCAGCAGCCACUGUUGAAUGAGAAAGUUCUGCGUGACAAACGUAAGAAACUGCGUGAGACAUUUGAGCGAAUCGUCCGUCUGUACGAGCGGGAGAAUCCAGAGACGUAUAAAGAGCUUCGGAAGCUGGAGGUGGAUUACGAAACCAAACGAGGACAGCUGGCACUCUACUUCCACUCUGUCAAGAACGCUGAGUCUGUGGAGGUGGACAGUAUCCCUCUUCCUGACAUGCCACACGCUCCAUCCAGCAUCUUAAUCCAGGACAUCCCACUGCCUGGAGCUCAACCGCCAUCAAUACUGAAGAAGAGCUCUGCACUCGGGAAAGGGUCUGCGGUGUCCUCAGCUGCUCUCGCUGGAGUUCCUCGUCUGCCGCCUGGACGAAAACCACCGGGACCCCCGCCAGGACCCCCGCCUCCACAGAUACUGCUGCUGUAUGGAAACACACGGCGAGCAGGUACACGCGCACACACACACACACACACAUUUAUAUAUACACCCCCACCACACACACGCUACAGUAACAUGUGUUUGAUGUCAGAGGGCGGUGGCGGUUCAGAUACCGAAAUGUUUGAUGUUGGCGGGCGAGACACUGACAGCGAGAGUGACGCAGAAGACGACAGCGACUCGCAGGAUGACAGCGGCGGAGAAAGAGAUGACACAGACGCUGACAUGAGAAUGACGAGUGAUCGCCAUGACGACCUAGAGAACGAGAGAGCCGAUAAACACACAGGUCGCAGUGUGCGGUUUGCUGACAUGCCUCCACCUGGAGAGAAGAGGAAGAAGAGGGCGAUGAAGAAGACCAAGACCAUCACACCACUGCAGGCCAUGAUGCUGAGGAUGGCAGGUCAGUCAGUGCCUGAGGAAGACGAGGAGGAUGAAGAGGAGUUCACAGACUCGGAGGAUUCGGAUGCUGAUGAUGAAGGUGUGACUGCUGAAGCUGCUCACUCAUUGGCCAAUCCCAGACUUCCUGCUCCAACUGCACCAAUUGCAGCUCAGCAGCCUCCUCCACACAUGCAGGCUCCACCAAUCACAGGGCCUCCUCCUUUAGGACCGCCUCCUGCUCCUCCAAUGAGGCCACCGGGACCACCAUCUGGCCCGCCUCCAGGACCACCUCCUGGUGCUCCUCCGUUCAUGAGGCCUCCAGGGCUGCCGGCCGCUCUCAGGGGUCCGAUGCCGCGCAUGCUGCCUCCAGGACCCCCGCCGGGCCGACCGCCAGGACCUCCUCCCGGACCGCCGCCAGGUCUGCCCCCCGGACCCCCUCCCAGAGGACCCCCACCCCGCCUGCCCCCUCCGGCUCCUCCAGGAAUGCCUCCACCACCCCCUCCUCCCCGUGCCGGACCCCCCCGCAUGGCUCCCCCACUCUCUCUCUUCCCUCCACCGCUCAACCCCAAUGUGCUCAGUGCCCCGCCCAGCAUCGUCCCGCGUCAGAAGCCUUCGGCGGCGUCUGUUUCCAGCGACAGCUCUCAGAACGCGUCCGCACGCCCCUCCACCAUGCAGCUGCCCCCGCCCCCUGGCACCGCCCCCCCGCUCGCCCCCACCAUCGAGAAACGCGCCAAUAUCUCUGGACCCCCUGCGGCACAGCCGGGCGGCGCCACCAUCUCCGCCAAACCUCAGAUCAUCAACCCCAAGACGGAGGUGACACGCUUUGUUCCCACGGCGCUCCGCGUGCGCAGAGACCGCGCCGGCGCGGUGGAGAGAACGGGCGGCAGGAGAGAGGACGAGCGUGAGCAGCCCAAACAAGUGUCUAUAAACCCAUCCCAACCCACCGGUGCCGCCCCGCACAACAUGAAGACUAAAGACCAGAUGUACGAGGCCUUCAUGAGGGAGAUGGAGGGGCUGCUGUGACCACUCGUUUAAUGAGUCAAUAAACGAAAUCUUCUGCGACACGUUUGUUUGAAGGUCAUUGGCGCUCUUAUUUGCAUUAUUUUAUACAUUUUCUUUUAGCAGCCAUGUGUUUGUUACUGUCAUAUAUGAUAAUGUUUCAUCUUUAAACAUGAUUAAACCUCAAAUCUCAAACUCCU